UGGAAAACUUAAAGGAUACUUUGAAAUUACUGGAAGACCAAAAAGGAAAGCAAUUGGACGAGUUUGGCGAACCUAUUAUUGUAGAAGAAGGAAUUUGCUCUUUGGUGGAUGAGUAUAAAUCCGAAAAAGAGGAAGCAUAA